CCUGCUCCUCCUCUUCAUGAAGAUGAAGAUGGAAGGUGAGACACUGCAGGAGAUCUCCACGUCACCCAGCUAUAUCUGCCCCGUCCAGAACUUUGAGUUCAGACUGCAGUGUGUACGCACCUGCACCAGCUGCGGUGACAAGGUCUUCCAGGAGGAGGAGCAGAACCACUUGUCCUUGGACCUCCACCCGUCGUUGAUAGCUGGCCUCCAAUUCUACUUCAAACCUUCAGAGUUGGAGUGCACCUGCCGGCAGUGCUCUGGAUGCCAGGCAACAGCGGUUCGGCAUUUCCUCACUCUGCCCAGAGUGUUACUCCUUCACAUGAAGCGCUUCCACCACGACGGGGCACGGUUGAGGAAGGUGACCGAUGCUGUCAGCGUUCCUCCAUGGCUGUCUCUGGCCUCCCUCGUUGGAGAGCAGGGUGCUGCAGCUGGGAUAGACCCACUGAGAUCAAGUUAUGGAGAGGGGGAAAUCGCAUCUGGAGCAAAACCAAGUGCAAACAUGGGUAAGAAAAAAGUGAUGGAUUCCUAUCUCAUGCCCAACCGCUUGAGUUUUUCAGUUGUGUACAAAACAGGAUUGUUGGUGUGUUUCUCAGCAGCAGUGGAUCAUCUUGACAGUGCAGGAGACAGGGACAGAGGUCUUCAGGAAGUUCAUGGGAAGGAUCACAGCAACCAGAGCACCUACCGUCUGUCGGGGAUGGUCUCUCACCUCGGGGAGAGCAUCAACACCGGCCACUACGUCAGUGACGUAGCUCGAGAGGACGGCGCCGGAUGGUUGACCCUCAACGACGCCCGUGUGACGCCCGCGGAGACGCCGGUCCUGAGGACCAGAGAGAAGACCGCCUACAUGUUGUUUUACGUCCUAAGUGGAGCAGAAGAGGGAAGCCAUGUCCCACUGGCUCAGAACCAGGAGCCAUCUGGAGCUGAGAGGGACUGACACCUGUGAGGCCCAGGAGAGCGCUUGAUUGGUGGCAGAGUUCCCGUUGUCCGGUAAUUACCGGUCUUUGACCGGAAAAAAAUGAGGAGGACCGAAAAUCCUAAAUGUCUCCGGUCAGAAUGACCGAUUGGAAAUAAGGCCCCGUCCACACGGAGCCGAAACGGGCGAAAACGAUCCGGUUUCGUUUUAUGCUUAAUGUUCAAGGUGCUGGUUCUCCACAGAAAAAAGUGGAGCGCAUCAACCCUGCGCUCAUACAGCAUGCGCGCUGUAUACAAACAUUCAGUCACGAGGAGAUUCAACCAUUGAGCAGAACAAAAUUGAGCAGGUCCUAUGUUCCCGGUUUUCCCCAAAAAGGGUCCUAUGUUCCCC